CACCCCUUUCUUGGCACAGAAAGAUAUGAAGGCUCUCCACUGGACAAGUUCAGCCAUAUCUUAAUCCACAACUCUUUCUGAGAAACAAAAAUGCAGUUUAACAUAAAGGCACUGAGUUUGUUUAGUAUGCAUUUAACAUGAGCAGCGUCCAACCAUCACCCAGCGUCGAGGGAAAAGGAUGAAAAGAGCAACUUAGGACAAAGUUGUGCCAGCAACCUUUGAGAAGCCAACACUUUGCCUUCUUGCUUUGGACUUUGUUUCACCAACAACAUGCAGCAGAAUCACCUUUCUCGUUGGUAUUUUGGUGGAGUCUCCUCCAGCGUGGCUGCCUGUUUAACACACCCACUGGAUUUAAUUAAGGUGCACUUACAGACGCAGCAGGAGGUGAAGGUGAGGAUAAUUGGGAUGGUUGUUAACGUGGUGAGGAGAAAAGGUUAUCUGGCGCUCUACAGUGGCCUCAGCGCGUCCCUCUUCCGGCAGAUGACAUAUUCUUUAUCACGGUUUGCCAUUUAUGAAACUGUCAGGGACGAGAUGAACAGGAAGAACAAAGGUUUCAUGCCUUUCUACCAGAAAGUCUUGAUGGGUGCCUUUGGAGGGUUUGCAGGUGGUUUCAUAGGGACACCAGCUGACUUGGUAAAUGUCCGGAUGCAGAAUGAUGUCAAGCUGCCAGUAGAGCUCAGGAGAAAUUAUGUUCAUGUGCUAGAUGGACUGUUUCGUGUUUGGAAGGAGGAGGGAAUAAGGAAACUGUUCUCUGGUGCUUCAAUGGCUUCUAGUAGAGGUGCACUGGUCUCUGUCGGACAGCUGUCCUGUUACGAGCAGUCCAAGCAGUUAGUUCUGGCUGCUGGUUACCUGACUGACAACAUCCUCACUCACUUCCUGGCCAGUGUGUUUGUGGGAGGCUGUGCCACAAUCCUGUGCCAACCACUUGAUGUUGUUAAAACAAGAUUAAUGAACUCAAAACUGGAAUAUGGGGGUGUGUUUCACUCAGCAAAACUGGGCCCAAAGGCAUUUUACAAGGGUCUUGUUCCCGCAGCUAUCCGUCUCAUCCCUCACACAGUCUUCACCUUCAUAUUCCUCGAACAACUGAGGCAGCAUUUUGGUGCAGUGGUAUUCACCUGAGAGAGUUGUAAGGAAGUCUUUGCAGUUUCACUGGUUCUCUGUGUUGGACAGCUUCAUUAUUGAUGCUAUUCUUACAAAGCCAGUUUUAGCCGGAGUCCACUAGAUACCACUAAUUACAAGAACCAAUAGUAAGUCACAUACCAAUGUACAUCUAAAAAAAAACAUUUUCCUGCAAAAAAGAAAGUCCAUCCAUAACACAAAAUGAAAGUGAGUCAUGCAUUGGGGCAUGAUUCACAGAUAAGCCACUGCAAUAAAAUGAAAUGUGAUGUGUGAUGUGUUUUUCCCCCACAGCAUUACAAACACAGAUGACUUGAAUCAACAGGUUGCUAACUUACAAAAAUGUUACAUUACUGUGAUGAAACGUACUGCU